AUGAGCUCCCAGACUUUUUAUGCAUCGAGCACUUGCUCGAAAUGCAUCCAGCCCUCACCUCAUCACUGUCCAAGGGUCCAUCUGAGCAAGGAAGCACAAACCUUGCUUGCUGCCUCUCGUCAUGAAAAAUCCUGCCCCUUCAAGACUGAGCUUGAUGAUGCAUGGUCCCAAAUUGAUGAAUGUGUGAAGACUAUUGCAUCCUCUAACGGCAAGACUAUUUGCCAUGUCCAGCAUGACUUAUACAUGGGUCAAAGGCUCUUGCAGUCAAAAUGUUCCAAAUUGAGUUCAUCAGGGAAGGUGAUCUUAUGGGACCUGGUCCAGGAGAAUCAUGCGGAGUAUCAUGAACUCUCUGACGAUGCAAAAGCUAGCCUCUUGAAGGAGUAUGAGGAGCAUAAGGCCAUGAAGACUACCGGUACUCACAUAUCCACCAAAUCAAAGGUCAAUGACGUUACACAGACCCUUAAAGCCAUCAAGAAUGAGUUGAAUAGCUUAAGAUGUUGGACUGGGGCAGAAACAAUACUAUAUACAACACAUGGCUCCACUGACCUGCUGCUCUGUGGAAUUGCCUUUGCAACUGAAGAUGUUCAAGAUUUCAUGGAGUCUGUCAUGAACCUUGAUAACCAAGACCUCAUUAGUAAGAUGGAAGGCUUUGCCAUGAGUGGGAUGUGCGAGGAGGCUACUGGUGACCCAGAUGUGAAGAUGCAGUGGGUUCACUAUUGGCGCAAUGUCAUCCAGUGA